AAUUUAGAUUUUGAGAUAUGUUUCAUUUAAUUGAAGCCCAGAAAACAGAGAAUUUGUAGGUGGCACAACUCAGGAGUGGAAAUCCCAUUUGGCAGUUAAAGAAUGGCAUUCUUUAUCUUUGUAAAGCACAGCAGGAAUCUCCACCCGCAUACUCACCAUUCGAAAUCACACAACAGGUAAAAAAAAAAGUGACCACUUUCCCGUCUUUUCCCUUUUAAUUUUCUUCCUCAAAACUUUGUCUCUCUUCUCUGAAUUUUCCUUCUUCUCUGUACCAACAAAUUAAACCCCAUACCAUACCAAUUUAGUUUUCCCAUUUCAUCAUGCAAGUAGAAAACCGAAACAUGACUCUCAAAAAAUGCUUCGUCUUCCUCGAGAAAGUGUCUGAUUUCUUCGUUCUCUUCGCUCGGGCUGGCCUCCUCCUCUGCCUCGUUGCGUCUAUGUCACUCGCCCUCCACUCCGCUUUCACCACCCGCUCCCGCCGGUUCGUUCUCCCGGACCGCGCCCGACUCGUCGUCUCCGAGCCGGACCACAAAUCCACCCCCGCCACCAGCAUCUCGCACGUCGUGUUCGGAAUCGGCGCGUCGGUUCGCACGUGGCGGGAUCGCAGCCUGUACACGCAUCUCUGGUGGGACCCGAACCGGACACGUGGGUUCGUCUGGCUGGACGAAGAACCCACAGAAAACCAACUCCGGCCGGGGAAUCGGGUCCCGUAUCGGGUGUCGGAGAGGUGCCGGGGGGCGGGGUACUCGUGUGGGGCGGCGGCGGCGGUUCGAAUCGCGAGAAUAGUAGUGGAGAGUUACAAAUUGGGACUGGAAAACGUGAGAUGGUUCGUGAUGGGAGACGACGAUACGGUAUUUUUUACUCACAACUUGGUUUCGGUGUUGGGGAAAUACGAUCACAAUGAGAUGUACUACAUUGGCGCCAACUCCGAGAGCGUGGAGCAGGACCAGGUUCACACCUACGAGAUGGCCUUCGGCGGCGGAGGAUUUGCGAUCAGUUACCCACUCGCGGCGCGACUGGUCAACGCCAUGGACGGCUGUCUUCAACGCUACGCUAAUUUCUACGGCUCUGAUCAGAGGGUGUGGGCAUGUGUCGCCGAAUUCGGGGUUCCACUCACCAUACACCGUGGCUUUCACCAGUUUGAUGUUAGAGGUAACCCAUAUGGGAUUUUGGCUGCGCAUCCAUUGGCGCCACUUGUAUCGCUCCAUCACCUUGACCAUGUGGAGCCUUUGUUUCCUAACCGAACUAGGAUUGAUUCAUUGACGUCACUUAUGCGAGCAUACCAAAUUGACCCGAAUCGAAUUCUUCAGCAAAGUUUCUGCUACGAUAGACGGAAAAAAUGGUCCAUCUCCAUCGCAUGGGGCUACACUGUUCAGAUAAGCUCUUUCCUGGAGACAGCCAAGGACUUGCAGACUCCAUUACGGACGUUCAAGACGUGGAGGAGCUGGAGCAAUGGGCCUUUCACCUUCAAUACACGAGCCGUGAGUUCUGACCCGUGCAGGCGACCUGUUGUUUAUUUUCUGAAUCGUGUUCAGGAGGUGCAGACAAGGGGUACUCAAACCCGAUACGAGAGGUUUGUAGCCAAGGAAGAGAAAGUAUGUGAGACAGCUGAUUACGCUCAUGUAAUGGCAGUUAAAGAAGUUACUGUCUCCUCAAUGAAGAUGGACGCUGAGCUUUGGAAGAAGGCACCACAAAGACAGUGUUGUGAGAUUAUGGAUCGAGGAAGCGAUGACAGUAUUUGGAUCAGGAUUAGAAAGUGCAGGAAGAGGGAAACAAUUACCAUAUAGAUUCUAAAUUUUGUAAGAAUUUUUUCCUAGUUUGAAUUGAGUUUUAGGCCCGAGAAUAAUGAUGGCUGAUUGCCCGUCUUGUAAAUAUCACAGUUAUAAUACUCACAGAUAGAAAGAUUUAUGUAUAUUUAGCAGGACCAGAUUCUUUUUA